AUGGUAAGCACAAAUGAUGCUCCAGUUACUACAACAAAAAUCGGAAAUAAGUUGUCGAACAUAGGACAGCCUUCGUCUCAGACACGUCCAAAAUCGAGGGAACCGUCAUCUCAUGACGCCCAGAAUCGUCCUGCACAAUACAAUGGUUCUUCUCAACGCCAUCCGGAUGACCACUUUCAUGGGCCAAGGAACGGCAAUUUACAAGACAAUUGGCUAUGCAAUCACUACAAAAGAAGGUGCUUGGUGAAAUUCGAAUGCUGCAAUAAAUACUGGGCAUGCCACCGCUGUCAUAACAACGAGAGCACGUGUGGGCGGAAGAAACUGAAAUCACGUGACACAACGAUGGUCAAGUGUGUCGAAUGCGGAAAAGAACAACAGGUAACGUAGAAUAUGUUAAUGUUGUCUGCGCAUCUUUGUGAUUCUUUCAGUACAGCUCUUUACAGAGAGAUCAUUGAAUCAAGGGAAAUGUAGGAUUUAAAUAGCUAUGCAGACAUAAUACACCUUCUUUUGUCUUUCAACACACUUUUAAAGAAAAGUUGAAAUUCCAUGAGAUUUAUUUGAAAGCGUAAAAACUUAAAAAUCUAAAAAUAUGCAGCAUAAAAUUCUUCAGAUUUUACGCCAUAUUGAAACGGUUCAUAUUUUUAGAUUCCAAAGGUUUUAUGUUUUUUCAAAUAAAUAGCAUGAAUUUUUAACUUUUUAUUGUAAUGUGGUUGAAAGAAAAAGCAAGGAAUGCAUAUCAUGUCAGCAUCGACAAUUUUAAAGUUAACGGACUCUUUCCUUGCUUGAUCAACUGAUGAGGACAAUAUUGAAAAUGUAGCUAGGAUUGAAUUCGUCUAUGUUUGGAAAAUAAUUAAGUUUUUCAACGAACUCGAGUCGAAUAUGAGCUGAUAGCCGACGAGGCGCGUAGCACUCGACGAGAGUGAGAGGAAUAACUGUUUCAUUAUAUGUACAAGGUCUGAAUUCACAGACUUUGCUGUUCGGAUAUUUUCAAUAUUUUUUUAUUUUGUUUAUGUUUUUAUCUCCGAAUUCACAGAAUUUUAAUUUUAAAAAUUCAUUUGCUAACAACAACUUGCCGAUUUCUCGUUCGCAAAACGUCGGGAAUUAAAUUUGAGCCGCCAUUUUUGUUUUCCUCUACUAGCAGGAUAUGAUAUGAGCUAAUAUCCUGCUAGUAGACAACCAAUCAGAUUGCAGAAUACCUCAUUCCUACAGACCUUGUAUAAGUAAUUCCGGAUAUCCGGUAAAUUUUAUUGCUAAAAACACGUAAACUAUUAUUUUUGGAUUUCAUUCUUUCGUUCAGCAAAAAUGGUCAAAUAUAUUCAGUGUUGGAGAAUAAUAUAUUAAUUUCAGCUCCUAUACGAUGAUUUCAUAAUUUUUCUUCGUUUUUCUUUCUUUCUAGUUUGGUGAAAAUGGUCCAUUUUGUGUUUCAUGUGACACUCAAUUCGCUAAUUUCUACUGUGGUCUGUGCAAACAUCUUACUGGAAAUGAUGAUCACCCCUAUCAUUGCGAUAAAUGUGGCAUUUGCAGGUGAGAACUUGACGUAAAAUAGUAGGGAAAAAGGGGAAUGUAACGAUUACUUUUGUACAACCUUUAUCUCAUCAGAGUGAUUGAUCGAGAUUGAGAAUAAGAAACGUUUAUUUUCUAGAAUUCAUGGGGAUCGCUCGUUUCAUUGUGAUGUUUGUGGUAUUUGUCUUGAUGUUCAACUUCGUGGAAAUCAUAAAUGUCGUCCUGAUUCAGCCCAUGAUGAAUGUGGCAUCUGUUUGGAGGUGAAUGCAUGAUUUAAUAUUUGAUCAUAGGUCUCCCGAAAAGGUCUUUUAUUUAAAAAAAUCCAUACAAUUUGCUUUAAAAUGCAAUGGUUUGACAUGCAAUGCUUCAAUGUACAGUAAAACCUCUAUAAUUUGUAUUACAUGAAGUACGUGCAACAUCACAAUAGCGUUGUGUCAUUUUGUAAUAUAUAUCCCCAAGGUUGGCAACUAAAUACAAACUUAAAGCUGUAUACACAAACUUAAUGACGAAAAAACUCGUACAUAAACAUCGAAAUUCAUUAAAAAAAACUAACUCACUAUGAUAAGAAAUAACUUUAGUACUUCUACAUUGUGUUUUUUUCUUCUCUCAUCAUUUUUAAAAGAGUUAAUUUUGCGAAAAUUCCGAGGAAAAUGGCUCAAUUUGGUCAAAACUAUGCGGGAUGACUGCUCCCGGCGUUACGUCUCAAAAUAAAGCUCUCUGAUUUGCUGAAAAAUUUUUAAAUUUAAAAAAAAACUCUCUAAUUGGCAGGAUGAAAUUUCCCAGCGAAUCAGAGAGCUUUAUUUUGUGACGUAACGCCGGGAGCCAUCAUCCCGCAUAGUUUUGAUCAAAUUGAGUUACGAAUUUGAUUAAUUUUUCUCAGAAUUUUCGCAAAAUUAACUCGUUUAAAAGUGACGAGAGAAGAAAAAACACAAUGUAGAAGUACUAAAGUUAUUUCUUUAUACCAUAGUGAGCUAGUUUUUUUAAUGAACUUCGAUGUUUAUGUACGAGUUUUUUCGUCAUUAAGUUUGUGUAUACAGUUUUAAAUUUGUAUUUAGUUGCCAACCUUGGGGAUAUAUAUUACACGCGUAAUAACGCACAGGUUGAUGCAAUACUGAUGAAAACAGGAUUGAACAAUGUUUUGCUGCCCAUAUUGUUCAUAGCUGUCAACAAUAUUGAACAAUAUUGUUACACCCGAUUCAGGCUCAACAACAUUGUUCAAUAUUGUUGACAGCUAUGAACAACGUGGGUAGCAAAACAUUGUUCAGACCUGUUGAGCAACGGGCUCGGCGUUUUUUGCCGUGUACAUAAUGACACAACGUUAUUGUGAUGUUGCACGUAUUUCAUGUAAUGCAAAUUAUAGAGAUUUUACUGUACAUCGAAGCAUUGCAUGCAAAGCAUUGCAUUUUAAAGCAAAUUGUAUGGAUUUUUUAAAUAAAAGAUCUUUUCGGGAGACAUAUGAUUUUGAUUAUAUAAUUGUUUGCAACAUAAUGUUUAAUAUGAUGCUCCAUGUAUUGCAUUAGUUCUUGAAAGAUUUUAUGAUCAAACCGCAAUCCAUGUAAAUAUCACAAGAACUUCCACCUUUUAAACGUCUCUCGUCCCUAUUCACUCGAAAGUCUUGUGAGGCCAGUUUCCAACCAGUAACUCCUCAAGUGUCCUUGCAAAAUGCAUUUUAAAUACUCUUAACUUGUUUUGACUUUCUACAGGACGCGUUUACGGGCUGCCAGAUUCUUCCAUGUUCCCACAAAGUUCACAGAGAAUGCGCCAAUCGGAUGAUUCGGAACGGAAUGUAAGUCCAUUUAUCGUUCAGAAUAUUUGUAUAAAUAAAUACCACACAACACAUUUCUACAAUCAAUGGUGUAGAUUAGAAAGUUCUGCUGUUUACAACCGGACACAAUUAGAUUGAAGUAUAUAUUUGCGAUGUUACUCUGAGUGCAUAUCCACACCGGGCGAGCUUGAAAAUAUGCCCAGCCACGAUGGGAUUCAAACCUACGACCUUUGGAAUACUAGCCCAAUGCUCUUCCAACUGAGCUACGCGGUCAGGACGGUUCGAGUAAUAUUCGGUUCGAGUAGUAUUAUUCACCUGAGUACACAACACCAACACAGAAAAAAAUUCAUAUUACUAGAACACAUUGGUAUUGAAGGAACUAGAUACGGUUCCGAAAUAUCACUUACUCGAACCGUCCUGACCGCGUAGCUCAGUUGGAAGAGCAUUGGGCUAGUAUUCCAAAGAUCGUAGGUCCGAAUCCCACCGUGGCCGGGCAUAUUUUUCAAGCUUGCCCGGUGUGGAUAUGCACUCAGAGUAACAUCGCAAACAUAUUAUUCACCUGAGUACACAACACCAACGCAGAAAAGAAAUUUAGAUUGAAGUAUAUUUUUAUUCAGCUUCCAUGCAUGUAUAUUCGAAAAAAACUAUAGUAUGCAAAGUUUAGUACAAUGUAUACAACGAAUCAGAGAAGUUUCUUAUCUCCUCAGAAACCUCAGAAACGCAGUGUAAAUGCAAUGGGGUAAGUUUGCAGCCAGAAUAUAUACUCGACUAGGUAAAAAGAGCCCCUUUAAUGAUUCGUAUACUCAAGGCCUGCUUACAACAGUGAACUCCAUGUCUUUUAUCUGGAAUGAUAACAUGCCGGAGAAACGUGAAGCCAAUGCCAACGCCACUUGACGCAAGCUGAUUCGUGAUAGACCGCGCGGUGAUGGCGUAUAAGGGGACUGAAACUGACGUACUAUAUGGCGUGGCGAUCAGACCGCGUGGUAAUGGCGUAUAAAGGGACUGAAACUGACGUACUAUAUGGCGUGGAAAUGGCGUGGAGAGCUGAUGGGAGCUGACGCCACUGCUCACGUGUUGCUCACGCGAGGCUUCACUUUUUAUAACUGCCAAAUGACUGAAUGUUAUCGUUCCAGGUAAAUAGAUUGAGUUCACUGGCUUACAAUACUGGGAAAGAGGUAAAAAAUGAAAACACGAGAAAUAUAAAUACACAAACAAAUACAAAAACGAAUACAAUAAAAUGUAUGGAUAUAUAAUUCGGGCUCACCGAAUUAUUUUUCAAUUCGAGUAAAUUUACUUUAAAGCCAAAAUAUCGUUUACAUUGAAACGUUUUUUACCUUGUUUUUGUCAAAAAUUGACAUUCAAAACGAAAACCCACCAUUUUAUAUGAACAGUGUAAACAUAUCUCUUUGAAUAUCGUCAAAACAAAGUUCGCUACCUGAAUGCGACAUAUAGUUAUUUCCAAUUGCAAGCUCUCGGACGUUGUUGCUUACGUCAUAAGAUGAUAAAACGUAACAUAUCUUUCAUAAAUUGCAGACCAUCAGAAAUUCCCCAAAAUGAAGAGGUUUAGAUUGGGGUUCCUAAAUGUGGUAUUUUCUUCUCUCUUUUCAUCCAGAACUCGCUGUCCGAUAUGUCGUGAAAGUUUCGCCCAUAAACUUGAGAGACGCCCUGUUGGAAGGAGGCAAAGAUGAACGAAAAUCAUGGAAAUCCACUUCUCCUACGGUUACUGAUUAUUCUGCCGAAGUCUUCAGAGCAAGUGCCUUUCAACUACAAGAUCGUGGGUUCGAUUCUCUCUUUACUCGCUCAUGUAAAUCGUGUGAAAAGUGUUGACCAACGAUCUGUCGAAAUCGCGAGUUUUCUCCUGAUGCUCUGAUCUCGCUACCAACCGGUUAGGAUAAAAGUAUUAUCACAAUUAAGUUCUUUGUAGGUUUGCUUGGCAAUAAAACAUAUAAUAUUAUAGUUUGUGGAAACACCACGUAAAUUUAUUACUGCAAAGCUUUCGAUCCGUAAGCCUCGAUCUUCAUCAGUGCUAAUAAUAUGUCACAUAUGCUAAACAAACUAUUAGCACUGAUAAAGACCGGACUUACGGACGAAAGCUUUGCAGUAAUAAAUGUACCUGGUGUUUCCACAAUUGUUAUGUAUGUAAUUAGGCAAGCGUAAUACUUGAUGUAAAGUGGCUAUAAUAGCUACAUAAUGCUGUUCCAACGACCCUAAAAACUUGAACACUUUCCCAACAAUAAAAUGUGCAACAGAUAUUGAUCGCCGUAGUCAUUCCCCAGCAGAUUAGUCUCCAUGAUUAAAUAACAAUAAGCACAACAAUUUCAGUAAAACUAGAUAGCCUGCUUGUUUGAUAGGAGAAUUUUCUUUCAAUUUUAACGUAAGUUAAGUAUAGUUAUCUUAGGAUUAAGAUUUAAAUUUGAAAUUAAUUUGAUAGUUUAACAAAUUUAAAACUUGCCGCCUCAACAUAGAUAAUUCUUCGCCUGAAUUACGCAAGGCUUUACAAAUUAGUUCAAAAAUUAUAGAUACCAGGUAGGUGAUAAAUAUUUCAAUAACUAUUCAUUAGGAAGUAAAAAAUAGAUAUAUAGUUUAUGUUAUAGAUGCUGUAAUUUUUUAAAAUUUCAGAAUUUUUGGUUAACAUCGUAAUUCAUUUGCGAGGUGUGUGUGACUGUGUAUCAAUAAUAUAUAUAGUAAUGAUAAUAACAAAUUAAUAUGUAGGACGGGAUAUGGAUUUAUUAUUUAUACCGUCGCAAAUACAAAAAAUAGAAGUUCAGAUUUGAC